GUAUUCAGAAAACGGAUUUCAGUUUCAGGCAACGGCUUAGAUGCGGGAAUCCAUUUCAAGUUUUGCCACAGUACCAAGUGUUCUUUAAUAUGAUAAUGGCUUUAGUAAAGAUUAUAAUAAUAAUGGUUCAUAAUAUGUUUAAGCAAAGAAGAUAUAAAUAGGAUCAUUUUGUAGAAUCUUUACACUUUUUGGAAGGAUUUCUUACUAGUUACCCAAUAAAAAAAUCUAUUGAAGAAUGAUAUGAUAUUUUUAUGAAUUGGGGUAUUCUGUAAAUGCUUAGCUACAGUUGAAAUUGAGAGGAUUGUUUUGGAUUUGUGCUCUAAGAGAAAAGAUAUUACAUUGUUGUAGACUCUUAAGUAGCAAGAGAUUAGAGACAGGGAAUACCAAGGACUUCGCAUGUUAUUUAAGAGAUACCAAGUACUAAGGUAACACUAAUAGAAAAUAGAAAGGAAUAGUGUGUCUUAGUAAAGCAUAACUUAAUUUAAGCUGAAUUUCUUUUUAUUGCUCAGUUCUCAAAGCAGUUACUGAGAUCAUAAAAGCUAUGAGAGCGAUAAUAGGCUAAUAACUAGCUGUAGCCAACGAUAUUGAGCGAUCAAUUUAGACCAUAUAGAAAUUGCAUAAUCAGGUGAAAACUGCGAAUGCGGUGCCAAAGAUCAUCAUCAUCAUCGCAGCAGUGCGAAUUGAUGGCGCGAUGCGGAAGUUAUGUAAGAAAGGCUAACUCGAGACAUCAGCAGCAUUUUUCCCCUCAAACAGCAGGCAGCAGGCAGCACUCGGCAUAGGCAUCGGCCCGAUCGGCUUUGGCUUUGGCCAACAUCCAACUGCGAACGGGCCACUCGGCGUUGCUCGGUGCUUGCAACACGUUUAACAAGUUUAACCAGGAAAUUUUGUAAUUUUCCUCUUUGCUGCCUGUGAAAGCAGCAGCUGCGGCAGGCUUUGGCAAUCCGUGCAACCUGCGCCCGCCUAGAAACAAUUAAAACCAUAAAAAUAUAUAUAGAUAAAAGCUAACAACAAAUCGGCUCAUAACUUUGGCCGCCAGCCCAUAAAGCGCAAUAAUAUAUGGGAUGCCCAUUGUGCACGCCACGUGAACGAUGACAGCGCGAAGUGAGAAUCGCAACUUGGAGCAGAAGCAAAAUAACACGUGAAAACUGAGAAACCAAAAAAAAAAAAAACAAUAACAAAAAAAAAAUGCAGUCAAGCGAUUAAAAGAAAACAAACUCGACUGCAACGAGACAUCAAGCCAAAGUCCAGGCCACAGCGCAGCAGUAAGAACAAGGUGAAGCAGUUGGAGCAGCAGCCGGACGAUAUGUCAAGGACAUCGAGGCUCUGGCCAGGCAGCGGCAACGCAACUGUUGGACAAUGCACCAUUCUGCUGACUGUCAUCCUGUGCGCCAGCCGUGCUGUUGCCGCGCCCAAUCAAACCGAGCUGCAUGCCGCAACGGGAGCUGGCGGCACGGCGCCGGCCAAGGCGUUGGCCUCCACGGCGCAUCGUUUUAGCAGCCGGAACAACAUAACCAUACUGCAUGAGGUAACGCCCGAGGAGGAGCUGGCGGAGCCGCCGCUAACGCUCAAUAUACACGAGGUGCUGCCACCGCAGAAGCCAACCAAGAAGAAGCCCUACCUGCCGCUGGACAAGCUGUUGCCGACCAUUGAUUAUGUUAAGCCGCAUCCGCUGAAGGAGUACGAACUGCAUCCGGUUACAUUCGAUUUCAAUUUGGGCGAUCUGGAGGAUCUCGAGCAUGAGGUCAUCAAGAAGGGUGAUCUCAGCAGCGAGGAGCAGCACGUGCUCAGCAAUGGCGAUGCGCCCGACCUCAGCUACAAGCCCACAAAUCCCGAUGACACCGAUGCCGUCGAUGUGGAUAUAUCAGCGCUGCCAGAGUCUGGUUAUGCGCUGCCCACCACAGCUCCCACAACCACAACAACAAUGACAACGACAACGACAACGACAACUGCAGCCACAACAACUAGCACCACAACCACGCCCGGCACACACAUCUUGAAAAUACUGCGAAACAAGCCAUCCACGAAGAAGGGUCGCGAGCUGCUCAAGCAGAGCGACGACGACAUGCAGCUGAAGACCCUGGGCAGCACCAUCAACAGCAUCAGCCGCUAUCUGGGCAGCAAUGGCUCCGGCAAUGCCAACAGCAGCAUGGCCGAGAGCCUCUACGGCUCGGCUAACUACUUUCAGAUCGUGACCAAUCUCUACGAUCACUUCUACUGGCAGAUCUCCGAGAUACGCACCAGUGUGCGCACCGGCUGUGGCCUCGAAAUGCAGGCAUACCUGACCGCACUUCACUCCAGCUACGAGUGGGCACAGAAAGCAUAUGAUGCAUCGGGACGCUAUCGUGGACAGCUGCUGUUUGGCAAUGACAAGUGGCUGGGUCAGCUGCAAUUCUGCCUUGAGCUCAAUCGGCAGCUGUUGGGCAGUGGGGAGCGCAAGCACUUUGAGCUGGAGUUCUAUGUGGCGGAUGUGUCCUUGCAAUUGCCACGCCUCAAUCGAACGCAGCAGAUGCUGAGCCUGGGCGAGUGCCUGCCCAAGUCCUGUUCGGCGCACGAUGUCCAGGCCAUACUCUCGCUGGAUCCCUACGCCCGCAUGCUGACCAUGCUGGCUGCACACAAUGCCAGCGUCCAGCAGCCGGCGUUGCAGGUGUUGCGCGUGCGCACCGUGCCCGGCCCCUACAGCCACUGGCGGCAACUAAAGUUUCAGGUGUUCAUAAGCUUUCUGCUUACCCUGCUGCUGGUGAUGAUUGUGGCCACCUAUUGCCAGCUUAAGAUCGAUAAGCGUCGCCUGGUUGCGGCUCCGAUACCAGCGAUAAGCGCCAAGUGCGAUGCGGCCAACAAGGGCGGCGACUACGAAACCGCCUACUAUGGCAAACCCUUUGAGCUGUUCCAGAUGCGUCCGCUGGGCAGCAACGGGAUUGUGGCCAGCGAGACGGCCCUGGACGCGCACAUGGAUAUGAAUGGCAACAGGCAGCGUCAUGUCAUGGAUGCUGCUGCUAAUUUAAAUGAGGCAAUGCCUGGCGAGGGCACAGCAUCUACCUCGGUAGGAGUGGCUCUGGCCGUGGGCGUGGGCGUGACGGGCAAACAGUCGGAAAAGACCGAGAUGACGGACUACCAGGUGGAAACGGGCAGCUGUGCGGGCGUACCGGGCACCUACGAGGCCGAACAGCCCAUAGCUCUGCACCAGCAGCUGUUGCUGUGCUUCGCACUGCAAACGAACGCCAAGGCCAUAUUGAACAUAGACAAGACCAAGGAGACGCACACAUCCUGCUUGCACGGCCUGCGCGUCUUUUCGGUGCUCUGGACCAUGAUGGUACACACAUAUCUGCAGAUGUUUGCCAUUGGCGAGAAUAAGUUCGAACGCGUGAUUACGGAGCGUUCGUUUUGGUACCAGAUCAUUGGCAAUGCGACCUUCUCUGUGGACUCGUUCUUCUUCAUCAGCGGCCUGCUGGUAACCCUGCUUUAUGUGAAGCAGGAGCGCAAGCCGCCAGGGCCGCCGUGCAGCUUCGUGAAGCGCAGCUGCCUGGACACGCUGAUGAUGAUUCUCUAUCGCUAUUUGCGCCUAACGCCCGUCUACCUCUUUGUGGUGUUGUUCAAUGACUUUGCCGUGCGGCAGGGCCUGGACUCGUCCGUAUUCCAGCCGGCCAAAAUCGAGCACAACACCUGCCGCAUCUAUUGGUGGCGCAACAUACUCUAUAUCAACAACUUCUUUCCCCAGCACGAGAUGUGCAUGAUGUGGAGCUGGUAUAUGGCCAAUGAUAUGCAGUUCUAUUGCAUGGCAUGCCUACUGCUGGCCCUUUCCCGAAAAUACUUCAAGGCUGUGGCUCUGACGCUGAUUGUGUUUCUGGUCAGCUCGUGGAGCAUUGCGGGCAUCAUCUCCAUGCAGCAUCAGUAUACCCAUAAGGUGGCGCUGCCGUUUGAGUCCUUUGACUUUCUCUACGACAAGCCCUGGCAGCGUGUCGGUGCCUACAUCGUGGGCAUGUUCGCCGGCUAUGCGCUGUAUAGGGUUAAGACGCCGCCGCAGAUCUCGAGGCGGCUCAAUCUUAGUCUGUGGGCCUGCAGUCUGGGCAUAUUAUUCCUUGUCAUCUUUGGCGUUUGGCCGGGCGAGCUGAGCGUCGUGAACACGGCCUUCUAUGUUGGCAUUGGACACACCGCCUUUGGCUGCGGCCUUGUCUGGAUUGUGCUCUCCUGCUGCUGGGGCCUGGCGCCCACCGUCAAUGCGAUACUCUCCUAUCGCGUGCUCUGGCCACUGUCGCGCCUCACCUACUGCGCGUACCUCAUCCAUCCGAUCAUCAUGUUCAUCUGCUCAUCGCACAUGAGCGGCACCGUGCAUCUGAACAAUCCAAUGAUAUUGACCACAUUUCUGGGCAAUGCUGUUGUCUCCUUCGGCUCGGCCUUUGUCAUAUCCGCCCUGUUCGAGGCGCCAGUCAUACGCGUACUCAAGAUCUGUUUCAAGAAGUGAUCCCCACUCCAUCGAUUGUUCCGUGCAGCUUGCUUCCUUCCUUCGAAUCUAGUUUUGUUCGCGCUUUUUUUUUUUUUUGUUUGUUUGUCAUAAUUUGUAUUGUAAAUUGUAUAUAACUGUAGGUAUACGAGUCCAUACAUAAGUAUAUCGACAGGUUGCUAAUGUUU